AAAAGCACCAACAAAAGUGCGCAUGUGGAGAAUCUUUAUCACAGAAAAUGCAACAUGUCAAAAUUUCACAAGAACAAUGUUUCUGUGACCAAAUGAGGACAGUGACUAGGCCUGUAAUACGGUUUUUGAACUAGUUGAUAUACAAGAAGAAGAUCUUAUUUUCACGUCUCAUCAUGCUGUUUUAUAUAAGACCAUAUCUCACUACGUUUAGUCACAACAGGUCAUUUAAUUUAGUGAGGUUAUGUGAUUUCUGCAGGUACAUUUGUUUAUCUGUCCCAUCUUACAGUGACCAAAAUGAACUUGUUUCAAAUGUUAAAAAGAUUUCAGAGCAUGAUGAAACUGGUAACGAAAGAAAAUUGAAAAAGUUACACCACAGAAGAUUAAAAUGUCUACAAAAUGACAACUACAACUAUAAUGAUGAUCUUGCACCUGAAGACACUUUCGGAUUGCUUUCACGAACACGACCACGAAAGAGUACUUCGGUGGAUGGUAAGGAGAAGAAACAUGUUCAACUGCGUGAAAGGUUGAGUUUGCCUCUUGAAGUUCAGCGUUCCAUGGGAUCACACAGUGUACAAGAUUCAGUGGCCUUUCUUAAUGGGCAGGCAUCACUGAAGUCUUCCACAGUGCACGCUACACUGAGAUCACCUACGAUGCACGCUACAUUGAGAUCGCCUACAGUGCGGGCUACAUUGAGAUCACCUACAGUGCGGGCUAUGGUUGAUUCAGGCUCUGCAGAUGUGUUUGGCACUUUGACGAAAGAUGUGAUCAGUGAGGAAUCUAUAUCAGACAGUGAUGACAAUGAAAAUGAGAGGCACAUACCCUUGACAGGACAAAGACACUCUGCAGACUGGUAUGGUCGACAGAUAGAAAAACUAGGCAAACACUGGAAGGUCAAAGAAGCUAUUGGUAUUUUGGAGCAUGACAUGCUGGUGCAAGAUCGUGUAAUGCCUAAUUGUUAUGUGUUUUCUGUGCUUCUGGGAAUCCUGGGCAGGGCUGGUUACACCAAGAAAGCCUUCCAACUCUUUAAUAAGAUGAAAAAGAUGGGACUCAAGCCAGAAGAAACAGUAUACACAUCUCUCUUCAACGCUUGUGCUAAUUCUCCCUGGCCACAGGAUGGCUUGUCAAGGGCUCAUAAACUGUACAAUCUAAUGACUGAGCAAGGAGUGGAUCCCAACCUGAUCAACUACAAGGCAAUGAUUAAAGCGUUUGGGAUGUGUGGAGAUCUGAGGACGGCCUUUUCCAUAAUGGACCAACUGUGUCAACGUUAUCGGCCAGAUGGAGAAAGCUUCAGUUUUUUGCUUAUGGCAUGUAUUAGUGAUAAAGAUGCUGGCUUCAGUCAUGCCAUACAGGUCUGGCGAUUGAUGAAGCUUAAUCACGUACAGCCAGAUUUACCUCUCUACAACCUGCUUUUACGAGUCACCAGAGACUGCUCCUUCAACACACAGCAAGCACUGCCGAUACCUGAAGAAAGUCCAUUAUUCACAAAACAACUAGCAGCCCAUGUACAGGACGUCAGAGAUCAAAGUAUUGCUGAAUCUGACCAGAAUGUUGUUACAACAGAUGGCAAUGUAGAUCUUAAACCAACAGCAGAAGCUGAACACUUGUCAGGUAUUCAUGACGCUACCAGUGAUUCCUGGUGGCAGGUAAAGCCUGAGGAGGGAUAUCGAGCAGAUAAUACUGGUUCUGAGAGUAAUUCCCUGGUAACAGUUACGCAAAACUUGGAUGUUGGUCCGAACACUCUUGCAGACAGUUCUUCACUUAACACUGCUGAAAAUCGACUUGCAUUGCUGGGUGGCUUCCGUGGCUGGUUGAAGAGUAUGGAUGAUGAAGGUGUCCAACCUGAUGUAAAGACGUUUAUGCAGUUGUUUAAUUUCCCAUCCACUAUGGAGGCCGAAGAGGAAUUGUUGUCAUUGAUGGAGAAGUAUGGAGUUAAGCCAGACACUGACCUACUGAAUAACUUGAUACAUAAGCGAUGUAUGAGGCAAGAUUUCCAGGCUGCUCAAGAUGUUCUCCAGCUCCUACAGAAACAUGGACUGCACUCCAACAUGCGGACCUUCUGUUGUCUGGCCAUGUCAUGCAGGAAGAGGAGUGAUGGUCAGCGCCUCCUUAAGGACAUGGAGGCUGUUGGACUUGUCCCAAACAUCGAGGUCCUCGGAACGCUGAUAUAUGCAAGUAAAAUGGAUUUCCACUACAAACGUGACAUCAUCAAGCUAUGCGAAGACCUGAAUCUGAUGCCAAACAAGAAGUUUCUAGAGAACACAGAACGUAGUAUUGCAUCAGCGAAAGCAGUGUUGGUUAAAUUAGAAAGCAGUGGAACGGUGGAUAGCUACUUCAGGUCAGACUACUUCCUGUCUGGAUUUAAAGAUUUCAUGCUUUUCUACCGUCCCUGGCUCCAGAGAACAAAAAUGGAAAAACCUUCUCACCCUUGGCAAUCUUUUCAACAUGUGGAACAAUAAAUACAUUUUGACGUUUCAAACUUUAAUUCUUUGAAAACUUCUUACUGGUGUGCCAGUCUCAGCUCAAUCUUUAUAUUAGGUUUAUAGCUUCGACACAAUGUUAGUUUAUAACAUAUUAUCUUGUGAACACAGGUUGUCCAUGCCGGUUUUGGUGGUAAGGGGAGAUAAUUCUAAAAAUUGAUCAUUGUCAAAAGAAGAAAAGAGCUGGUCUUAGCACGGCACUGGAUUUCACUCAACAGUAUACAGUUAGAUGAUUAGAGUUAACUGUUAAACAUCAGUGUCGGGUAUUAUUUUCACUUUUUAAGUGAGUGCAUUGUUUAAAGUUUGCUUUUUUGUAUUGGCCAAUUCAGGAGCAUAUACGCUUGUAUUUGUAAUUUCCAUACUGAAAAUUGCAGAAUUCUGUGAAAAGCACCAAAACCUUAAAAAUAAACUAAGGAAACAUU